GAGAAGGACGAGGCAGCAGAGGAGGCGGGCGGCGCAGAGAGGGAGUCCCGGAGCCGGCCCUCCCCGCCGCGGCGGAGGGCGGACCACGAUGCCCAGCCGGGGGGCGCUGCCCGCCCGCCCGCCCGGACACCGCCGCCCGUAGCGGGGCCGCCGCAGCGCGGGGAUAUAAAGUUUUGAACAGUGCCUCCCCAAGAAGUGUGAUGAGAAAUGGCUUUAGGAAACAAUACCCAGAGAAGUUAUUCCAUCAUCCCCUGCUUCAUCUUUGUUGAGCUUGUCAUCAUGGCUGGGACUGUUCUGCUCACCUACUACUUUGAGUACACCGACACUUUUCAGGUGCAUAUCCAAGGUUUCUUUUGUCAGGAUGGCAGUUUGAUGAAACCCUACCCUGGGACAGAAGAUGAGAGCUUCAUUUCACCUCUUGUGCUGUACUGUGUGCUGGCUUCAACUCCGACAGCUAUUAUUUUUAUUGGUGAGAUAUCCAUGUAUUUCAUAAAGUCUACCCGAGAAACUCUAAUUAUUCAAGAGAAAACUAUUUUGACUGGAGAAUGCUGUUACCUGAACCCACUGCUUCGAAGAAUAAUACGUUUUAUAGGAGUGUUUGCGUUUGGACUUUUUGCCACUGACAUCUUUGUAAACGCCGGCCAGGUUGUGACUGGGAACUUGGCUCCCUACUUCCUGACGGUGUGUAAACCCAACUACACUGGGAACGACUGCAGGGCACACCACCAGUUCAUAAACAACGGCAACAUCUGCACUGGGGAUGUGGAGGUGAUUGAAAAGGCAAGGAGAUCCUUUCCAUCCAAACAUGCUGCUCUGAGCAUCUACUCAGCUUUAUAUGCCACGAUGUACAUCACAAGCACAAUUAAAACAAAGAGCAGCAGGCUAGCCAAGCCUGUGCUGUGUUUGGGUACCCUGUGUGCUGCCUUCCUUACCGGGCUGAAUCGAGUUUCUGAGUAUCGGAACCACUGUUCGGAUGUGAUCGCAGGCUUCAUCCUGGGCAGUGCUGUAGCCUUGUUUCUGGGGAUAUGUGUUGUCCAUAACUUUAAGGGCACUCACGGAGCUCUUUCUAAACCGAAGCCUGAAGACCCACGGGGAAUGCCACUAAUGGCUUUUCCGAGAGUGGAAAGUCCUCUGGAGACACUGAGUGCACAGAACCACUCUGCCUCUAUGACUGAAGUAACCUGAGAUGGAAGAUUGGCAGCCGGAGCUAUUUUUUACUACCCUCCAGUACAGUAGUCCAAGACACACAGUUACUAAAUGUCUAACUGUGAUGACCAGUAUUAUGUUAUGUCUAGUUAGAGGCUAAUGUUUUGUACUUUUUUUGUAUGAGGAAGUGAUGUAGCUUGCCCUGAUUUUUUUGUCAGCUUUAAUAUUAUUAUGCCAGACUUUAAAAGCAAAACAAAAAAUAACAAAAAAAAACUUUUCUUGUUUAAAGUGUGCACUGAGGAACUACAUCUAUGGAAUUGUUGAUGUUGUUAUGUGAUAUUUGUACACUUUUUUUUUUCUUUUCAGUUUUGAAUUUAUAUAUCUUGAAAAAAGAAACAUUCAUUUUUACCUUUUCUUACCGUAAGAAGUGCUUCUACCACUGGGUUACAUUCUGAUCUCAGUAAGGUCAGCAUAGAUCUGAAGUAAUCUCAUAUAUUUAAUUCAUAUUAAAAUAAUGGUGAUCAGGAAUCUGACCUGAAUGAUACUAUCAACAAGUAGCAAAAAUCCAUCCUUGAUUCAGUGGGCUACUUAAGUGUUCCCUAGGGAUGCAGUUUAGCCACCCAGUUUCCAGACUACUUGGCAGACUUAAAGCAUGUUCUUAAGCACCUCACUGAAUCAAAGCCUGAUUGUUCUGGUGUGGGUGAUUGUGCUGGUUAUUGAAGAAUAACUAAAACAACAUCCUCAGUCUGCAGUAUAGACAGACUGGACAUGAAAAUUUAUAGUAGUAGCUGAUAGCAUGUGAGCUGACUAUAUCAUCUCCCUAGAUCCUCAUUCCUCCCCAAGGCCCAGCUGAAGCUCCUGGUGAAACCUGGCUUCAGGAAUUGACUAUGGGGAUAUACAGCCACCACUGUGGAGCUGAGGCUGUGCUCUAUGAGUGUUUCAUCACUUCAUCAUAGAUUUGUGGGGUAACUAGUGACACUGCUGCAAAGUAAAAGUGGCACCACUUCUCCAGCAGGGCAGCAUUCUCUGGCAUUCCAGUUGGCAUAACCAAGGAGCCUGUUUUGCUCCCCAAAGUGUAUUUUUCCCUGAGGGGCUUUGGCAAGUUAAAAAAAAAAAUUAAACAAAAGAAAAUAAAAAGCUGACAGCCCUGUAGUAGCAGUCUGCAUUUUUGUAAAUUCUGCCAAACAGAAUUUAUAUCAAAACUGCUAUUUUACAAUUUAACAACUUUGUCUAAGGAUUUUAAAGACAAUUAAUUAAGUAUGGGUUAGGGGUGGGAGAGGAAGAAAAAAAAAGUCCAUUUACAAUGGCUAGAAUUGGGGCAAAGGCUUCAUUACAUGAUUUUUCACUGUUUCUAGGAUUUUCCUGCAUCUCAUUCUUUUAGCAUGGUGAUAACUGCUGUAUGUCUCCUUUAAAGAAUGGAGCCUCUGUCUGUACUUCUACUGGAAUGUUUACCUCACAUUUCCAUGUUGGUUCUUCUUGGCUUUUUUUUGUAUAUUUUUUCCAAAACAGAAGUGAAAAAAAAAAUGAUCAAAAAAGCAAA